AUGGCCGACAGAAGAGGAGGAGGAGGUCAGUGGCAGCCACGAGAAGGUAAGAAGUUAUCGAUUUUAUUUUAAAAUUUAUAAAAAUACAUCAAAAAUCGAUGUUUUCGAAUUGUUAUGAAAAAAAAUUGCAGACAACAAAUGGAGGCCGUACGGAGGCGGCGGCGGCUGGCGAGGUAACAACCGAGGCGGAAAUCCACGUGGCAGCGGCGGGUGGCGCGGAAAUCAAGACAAUUGGCGCGGCGGGGGCGGCGGACGCGGAUUUCCGCGCGGAAACAAUCAGAAUCGCGGCGGCUGGAAUCGCGGCGGCGGAGGAUUUCGGGGCGGAAGAGGCGGCGGACCUCAUGAGGUGAGCUGAAUUCAGUUAACUCAAAAAUAUACAAUUCUCCCAAAUUUAGGGUCCAAUCGACGCAAAAAGAUGCAUAAUUCCGUCGAUGUGGGCGAAUCCGUGGCUGAAAUUGGAGGCCGAGUACGAAAAAGAAUACGGAAUCGCCAUUUCAGAGGUAAACUUUUUUCCGUUUAACUUUUCGAAUUCUUACCUUUUUUCAGGUGCAAGCCAUCGAAAAUCAACCGGAAAAUCUCGAAAUUCAAGCUGAACUUCCAGAAACAUCGCCGCCAGAAAAUUCUCCGAUCUCUGCUGAAAAUUGA